AUGGCCGACACCAACCCCGGAAACUUUGCCAACCGUCCCACUGAGGAGGUCCGCGAGAUCGCAGCCAAAGGCGGCCAUGCCAGCCACGGCGGUGGCAUCCCACAGGAGGUACCCAGCGGCAACACAAACCCUGGUAACUUUGCGAACCGCCCCACGGAGGAGGUUCGCGAGAUUGCGGCCAAGGGAGGUCACGCCAGCCACGGCGGCGGAAUCGAGGCCGAGACCCACUCGGCCACCGGCAACACCAACCCCGGCAACUUCGCCAACCGACCCAAGGAGGAGGUUCAAGAGAUCGCAGCCAUGGGUGGGCACGCAAGCCACACGGGCGGUUUCGCCAGCAUGGACGCCGACAAGCUGCGCGAGGUUGCUUCCGAGGGCGGCAAGGCGUCGUCCGGCUCGUUUGAGCCCGGCUCAGAGAGAGCGCGCGAGGCGGGACGCAAGGGAGGUCUUGCGAGUGGAUCGGACUGA